AUCCACCAUCUUAUUGCAAAGAAGUCAGAAAAAGAACUGAAAGCCAAAAAGAUUUGCAGAGGGGCCUAAUUCAGACCAGCCUGAGCAUAUUCUAUCAAAAAGAAGGAAUAUUUUCAACUGCUAACGUGACCGUUAGACCAAGAUGAUCGCCCGGAGAAGUCGCCGGCUAAUCAGGCGAAGCGAGCGCAAGCAUGGUGCCGCGAUUUGUUGUUGCAGCCGCCGGGAGGUUGGGUUCCGGAUGUGAAGCGAGAAUAUAUAGGAGGUAACAAAAAGUCCAAUCCAGUAAAUCAAUCUAACUUCAAAGUUCAGACUUCAGACAUAAUUGCUUCUCAUCAACUUCCCAUACGAAGAGGUGUCCAAUUGAGUCUCGACUCAGUUUUUCUCGGUUCCAGGCAGAAUCUCCGAAUUCGACUUGGUUGCCAUUUCAGUAGUUCAAGUGAAAAGUGCAAUUAGUGUAGUGGUUGGCCAUUGAUGGCAAUUCCUGUUGAAGAAGCGAUCGCUGCUCUCUCCACAUUUUCACUAGAGGAUGAGCAGCCGGAGGUGCAAGGACCAGCGGUUAUGGUGUCAGCUGAAAGAGGAGCAGCUAAUAGUCCCAUUGAGUAUAGUGAUGUUUCUGCGUAUCGCUUGUCUCUAUCAGAAGACACAAAAGCUCUCAAUCAGCUGAAUAUUCUUGUCCAAGAGGGGAAGGAGAUGGCAUCAAUACUUUAUACAUACCGAAGUUGUGUCAAAGCACUUCCACAGCUUCCUGAUUCAAUGAAACACAGUCAAGCUGAUCUGUAUCUAGAGACCUAUCAAGUUCUUGACUUGGAGAUGAGCCGCUUGCGUGAAAUUCAGCAAUGGCAAGCAUCAGCUGCUUCUAAACUAGCUGCUGAUAUGCAACGCUUUUCUAGGCCUGAGCGGCGCAUUAAUGGCCCCACAAUAACCCAUCUCUGGUCGAUGUUGAAGUUGCUUGAUGUCUUAGUGCAACUUGAUCAUCUCAAAAAUUCUAAAGCCAGUAUACCUAAUGAUUUUUCUUGGUAUAAGAGGACAUUUACGCAAGUUAGUGCUCAGUGGCAAGACACUGAUGCUCUGAGGGAGGAAUUAGAUGAUUUACAGAUUUUCUUAAGCACAAGAUGGGCUAUCUUACUGAACUUGCAUGUGGAGAUGUUCCGCGUCAACAAUGUCGAAGACAUUCUUCAAGUUCUUAUAGUCUUUGCCGUUGAAUCGUUGGAGUUGGAUUUUGCUCUUCUGUUUCCAGAGCGGCACAUUCUGCUUCGUGUUUUGCCUGUUCUUGUUGUCUUAGCAACAUCAUCAGAGAAAGAUAGUGAGUCAUUGUACAAGAGAGUGAAAAUCAACAGAUUGAUUAACAUAUUUAAGAAUGAUCCUGUCAUUCCUGCAUUCCCAGAUCUCCAUCUAUCUCCAGCUGCAAUUUUGAAAGAACUUUCAAUGUACUUCCAGAAGUUCUCUUCACAGACUCGCCUUCUCACUCUUCCAGUACCUCAUGAGCUGCCGCCUCGUGAAGUGCAAGAUUAUCAGAGACAUUAUCUAAUCAUCAAUCACAUUGUAGCUAUCCGUGCUGAACAUGAUGAUUUUACAAUUAGAUUUGCUUCAGCCAUGAACCAGCUGUUGCUGUUGAAAUCAACAGAUGGUGCUGAUGUUGAGUGGUCCAGAGAAGUUAAGGGAAACAUGUAUGAUAUGGUUGUUGAAGGUUUCCAGCUCUUAAGCAGAUGGAAUGCACGCAUUUGGGAACAAUGUGCUUGGAAAUUUUCUCGUCCAUGCAAGGAUGCACUUCCAUCGGAAUCAGAAGAAGGUUCAGCACCACAUUCUGACUAUGAGAAGGUUGUCAGGUACAAUUAUAAUGCAGAUGAAAGAAGAGCACUGGUUGAACUUGUUAGCUAUAUAAAGAGCAUUGGAUCGAUGAUGCAACGGUGUGACACAUUGGUUGCUGAUGCUUUGUGGGAGACGAUACAUGCUGAGGUCCAAGAUUUUGUUCAAAAUACAUUAGCCACAAUGCUGCGUACUACCUUCCGAAAGAAGAAAGAUCUUUCAAGGAUCCUUUCUGAUAUGCGGACUCUUUCAGCGGACUGGAUGGCAAAUACAAGCAAGCCCGAAGCUGAGUUGCAAUCUUCACAGCAUGGAUAUGAUGAAAGCAGAGGAAGCUUCUUUCAUCCAAGGCCUGUCGCACCAACUGCUGCACAGGUGCAUUGCUUGCAAUUCUUGAUAUAUGAGGUGGUGUCUGGUGGCAAUCUUCGGAAACCUGGGGGGCUUUUUGGGAAUAGCGGGUCUGAGAUUCCUGUUAAUGAUUUAAAGCAGUUGGAAACCUUCUUUUACAAACUUAGCUUUUUCCUGCAUAUAUUGGACUAUACGGCGACUGUUACUACAUUGACGGAUAUUGGUUUUCUGUGGUUUAGAGAGUUUUACCUGGAGUCUUCACAUGUUAUUCAGUUUCCAAUUGAGUGCUCUCUUCCAUGGAUGCUAGUAGAUCAUGUUCUCGAGUCCAAGAACGCAGGUCUUCUUGAAAGUGUUCUUAUGCCAUUUGACAUCUAUAACGACUCAGCUCAGCAUGCAUUGGUUGAAUUGAAGCAGAGGUUCCUCUAUGAUGAAAUUGAGGCUGAGGUUGACCAUUGUUUUGACAUAUUUGUUUCAAAGAUGUCUGAGAUUAUUUUCACAUAUUACAAGAGCCGUGCAGCAAGUGAGCUGCUUGAUCCUUCUUUCCUUUUUUCCUUGGACAAUGGAGAGAAAUAUUAUAUACAGCCUAUGAGGUUUACUGCUCUUUUUAAGAUGACUAAAGUGAAGUUACUGGGGAGGACCAUCGAUUUAAGAAGUUUAAUUGCUCAAAGGAUGAACAAAGUUUUCAGAGAAAAUCUUGAGUUUCUGUUCGACCGGUUUGAGUCCCAGGAUCUUUGUGCCAUAGUGGAGUUAGAGAAACUGUUAGAUAUCUUAAAGCAUGCCCAUGAAUUGCUUUCAAAGGAUAUUUCCAUAGAUUCAUUCAAUCUCAUGUUGAAUGAGAUGCUAGAGAAUCUCUCUCUUGUGUCAUUUUCUAGUCGACUUGCUUCUCAGAUAUGGUCAGAGAUGCAAAAUGAUUUCUUGCCAAAUUUCAUUCUUUGCAAUACCACUCAACGAUUUAUCCGAUCGUCAAAAGUUCCUCUUGCUCCUGUUCAGAAGCCAUCAAUGCCUUAUGCCAAGCCUAAUUUCUAUUGUGGUACUCAAGAUUUGAAUUCUGCACAUCAAAGUUUUGCACGUUUGCAUAGUGGAUUCUUUGGGAUACCCCAUAUGUUUUCCAUUGUUAGACUUCUUGGAUCCAGAUCAUUGCCUUGGCUUAUCCGAGCAUUAUUGGAUCACAUAUCUAAUAAGAUAGCGAUGCUUGAACCAAUGAUUACGGGGCUACAAGAAGGAUUACCGAAGUCCAUCGGGCUGCUGCAUUUUGACGGGGGUGUGACAGGUUGUAUGAGGGUCAUUAAAGAUCAACUCAAUUGGGGAUCAAAAUCUGAGCUUAAAGCAGAGAUUCUUCGUGGAAUAAAGGAGAUUGGAAGUGUUCUAUAUUGUAUGGGGCUUCUAGAUGUUGUAUUGAGAGAAAAGGAUACUACAAACUUCAUGCAAGCAGCCCCUUGGUUGGGCUUGCUCCCUGGUGCAGAUGGGCAGAUACUAUAUUCUCAAGAUAAUGGAGAUAGCCCUGUUGUCAGUCUAUUCAAAUCAGCUACUGCAGCAAUCGUGUCAAAUCCUGGAUGUCCAAGUCCAAUGUCUUUCUACACUAUGUCAAAACAGGCAGAAGCUGCAGAUCUUCUGUACAAGGCCAACCUGAAUACUGGAAGUUUGCUUGAAUAUUCCCUUGCUUUUACGAGUGCAGCUCUGGAUAAAUAUUGUGGUAAAUGGAGUGCUGCUCCCAAGACAGGGUUCAUUGACAUUACAACUUCAAAGGAUUUCUAUCGCAUAUAUAGUGGUCUUCAAAUUGGUUAUCUGGAGGACUGUACUCAUGUCGAAUCAAACAAUCAUGAAGUCCUUGGUGAUUCAGUUGCCUGGGGUGGUUGUACCAUAAUAUAUUUGCUGGGCCAACAACUGCAUUUUGAGCUUUUUGAUUUUUCAUAUCAAGUUCUUAAUGUUGCUGAAGUGGAAGCUGUAUCAAUUGCACAAACGCACAAGAAUCCACAUUUUCUCCAGGGAUGGGAAGCUCUAUUAGAGGCAAUGAAGAAAGCAAGGAGAUUGAACAAUCAUGUCUUCUCCAUGCUUAAAGCACGUUGCCCUCUUGAAGACAAGACAGCUUGUGCUAUCAAGCAAAGCGGUGCUCCUCUACAUCGGAUCAAAUUCGAGAACACAGUCUCGGCAUUUGAAACACUUCCACAGAAAAGUGCAUGAACUCUUAUGUCAUCCUUCCUGGUUGAUGGCAUUUCCCUCAUUGCAUGUAUUCCUAUACAAGAUGAUUGAUUCAUAGCUGAUCAAGUUUUCCCUGCAAAUAUAUUGGUGAUUGACCCAAAUAUAGAUAGCCACGAUGCAAAAGAGGGAGGGAAGAGAGUUGACAGAGAGAUGAAAAUGCAAUUAUCAGAGGACACUCUCAAAGUUUUUUUAGCAGACAGGCUGAAAUGGGAGAGGUAAAGAAGUUAUUAUUAGUACAAAUGAACAUUGUGUUAGCUUGAUUCUGUUUAUAGAAAUUUCAGUUAAACCUGGUUUUCUGGGUUGGAUUCUAGCCAUGAGGAUUUUGGGUUGUGUUGUCACCAACUUUAGGUCUUGAGGUUCCAAGUACUUUUUGUAUUCAAGUUGAAUUUGGCUUCUUUUCACAUGUUGAAAGAAAAGAAGUGAUUAAAACCUUAAUUACCCUGUAACAUCUACGUUAUCCUGUCACCUAUAAAUGCCAAUUACCAAAUUGAGUGUGUGUGAAA